GUUUUUCCGCCGUGCGCACGCGACCGCGGCGCGCGCGGAUGCGGAUGGCCUGACGCACCUCGCGUCACGCCUGCCCCGCCCAACCCAUCCCAUCCGCUAGUAUAAAGUCGGCGCCCACGCUUCACAUUCGUGGUCCCUUGUGCUUUCUCCAAGCUAAGAUGGGUGCGGAGUUCCUGAGCACGGCGGAGGGCGGGCUCGGCGGGGAGGCGCUCUACUGCGCAGUCAUCGUGUGGCUGUGCGUGGUGUCGUGGAUCAUCUUCACCUGGGUGGACGACGACGGGGACGGGAGGAGGAGGAGGAGGCGCCAGGGCAGCCGUGGCAGCCGGGUGUUCGUCGGCGCGGCGGGGCUCUGCGACGGCACGGGGCCAGGGUGCAGCGGCGGGUACGGGCUGUGCGGCACCUGCCUGGACUAGCCCCUUCGUGCGUACGUUGCCUCCGGACUCCAACGACUACGAGAACUACCGCUACAUGAGAUGGGUGGAUCCUCCGAUUUUUACCCACAAUCAACAAUACAAGCAUCACAUACAACAUUGGAUAUGGGACCUCGAGUGGGCAGUUGACACAAUUCCCGCUCCUCCCGAGGAGGACAAGAUAGUCAUACACCUUUCCAAUGAAACCAUAUAUUCGGAUCUAUGGUGCAACUAUCUAUGCCACGAGAUGGUUCCUCCUCCUUCACCACCACCAGUAGCAGCACAGGAUGACGAUGCCACUUAUUGGGAGGCAGGUUACCCCCACAGAUCAAUCUAAGCCAAUUCAACUAAAAAUCAUUGUUGUACUACAUGGUUGCCUAGCUUCGUGCUUUAAUUCCUUGUAUUAUUUUUCAAUUUCACAAAUGGCGACUCCACCACGUACCGUAGCGGUGGACGUGAUUCACCUAGCUCGCAAAACUAGGCGUAAGCGCCAUGUAAUUGUGUUACAAUGAAUUGUCCUAGGCCUGCUUCCUACUAUUAUCAAGUCUUAUGCUCUCUUU